UUCACACCGACCCACGCCGUCCUGCCCCUGCUUGGCCCGGCCCCUGGGCGCCCCCCCCGUCCCCUCCCAGGGGGUUUAACUCUCCCCAGCUGGGCCCUGUCCCGCCCCCGCCGGGCUGCGCCCCUUCCCCACCGGGGCCGGUGUCGGCCAGGCAAGGGGCCGCUGCAGAAAGAACCGGGAAGGCUUUGACCGACGUUAACCGGGCUCCUCGCCCCGCUGCCGGCCGUCACUCUGCUCCCUUCCGGGAACGGAGCCGGUGCUCGGGGAUGGCGUGACCCUGGCUGGGCACCGAGGGGCUUCGGGAGCCCACCGGGAGCAUCCGCUGACCCCGGUAAGGUGAAUGCGGCCCCUCUGAGCACCCAGCUCCUUUCUGCCCUGGCCGAUUCCAGCUCGGGUUGUAAUUACAGGAGCUGUGCUCCUAAUUGGCACGUAGGAAGCGAUAGCAUCAUCCUCCUCCCCGCAGGGACGAGGUAAUUACUCCUGAGCCGUAAGUUCUGCUUCCUAAAAGAAAUCCCACAAUCACUGAGGUGCUGCCACCUUCCCUGCCCACUCAGAGCUCCCCACGGCUCCCCACCAGCAUCACCCUGGCCCCAGCUUUUGCUGCUUUGGUAUCUCGGUAACAAAAAAGAAGCGUUUGCAGUAAAGAAAUCUCCCUUCCCUCCAGCAAUUUGUGCAGCGGGAGCAGCGGCAGGAUUUAUUUUAAGGCUGAACGUGAUCACAAAGCAGCCCUGGGGGUCCCCGCUGCUGCCGCACGGCCGGUUUGCACCUGGCACGGGGCCUUCGUGGGGGAGUUAAGGCAGAAAGAAAACUGAGGGGGGGAAUCCCGGCUCCUCCAGCCCACUCCAGAGAUGGAGCCCCCCGCUGCCACCUUCAUCCGAGGGGUGGGGGACGAGGUGACGGUGGUGGCCGGUGUCGUGGUGCUGGUCCUGGCUCUGGUCCUGGCGUGGCUGUCUACCUACGUCGCUGACAGCAGCAACCAGCUUUUGGGAACGAUUGUCGCGGCCGGGGAUGCGGCCGUCAUCCGGCUCGGCCACGUGGAACAUUAUGUGGGGACGGUGGGGGUGGCCGAAGCCCCGGAGCCCCCCAGGGUCCCCGAAAACGUAGAGGAGAAAACAGAAGAGGAAGGGGGGGCAGCGGCGGCGGGGCCAGCGGUGGAGCAGGGGGACAGCGGCAGCCCCCCCGACCCCAGCCUGGAGCGACUGCUGGACAUCCGGAGCUUGCCCAAACGGACCUCAGCUGCUGAGCCCAGCGCCCUGGGCAGCCAGGGGGGGCCGCCCACCCCGGGGGAGAGUGACCUGUGCUCUGGCCUCAUCAAGAUCCGGCUCAAAUUCCUUAACGACACAGAGGAGGUGGCCGUGGUCCGGCCUGAGGACACCGUGGGGGGCCUCAAGAGCAAAUACUUCCCAGGCCAGGAGAGCCAGAUGAAGUUCAUUUAUCGUGGGCAGCUGCUGCAGGACCAGGGGCGGACGCUCCGCUCGCUCCACAUCACGGACAACUGCGUCAUCCACUGCCACCGCUCCCGGAGUGCCACCACCACCACCACCCUGCCCGACCCCAGUGCCGCUGCCCCCGAUGCCGGCAGCCUUCCCCUCGGCGGGGGGAACCUGAUGAUCCCCACCGUCAUGGUGGUGCUGGCGGUCGUCUGGUAUUUCCGUAUCAACUACCGUCAGCUCUUCACCGCCCCGGCCACUGUGUCCUUGAUCGGCCUCACCGUCCUGUUCAGCUUCCUGCUGUUCGGGAUGUACGGACAGUAGGGAACUCGACCAGGAGAUGCCAGGGCCGCCCCCCGCCCCCCCCCAAGCCUGUCCCUGUGCAGCACUCGGGCAGGCACUGCUUUCUUCACCGCAAUGUUAUGGUGACUGGAGCUGGCACGACAAGAGCUUGGCGCGUCCUUCCCAGUCUUGGUGCUGGACUUUGUCCCCCCCCAGAAGGGGCUGUGCUCCCCCCCAGACACUGUCCUCCUCCCUCCUGGCCUCAAGCACAGCUCCGGGGAGGAGCUGGCUCUGGGGCAGGAUCUUGGCCUGGGUGAACGGCGUGGUGGGUACAAGCCCAGGGCCCUGCACCGGAAUGGGCUGUGGCUUCCUCCCAGAGACUUC